GCCACUCCGGGCCGGGCCGGGCCGGGCCGGCCGGGCCGCUCCGUGCGCUCCGCUCCGCUCGGCUCCGCUCCGGCGGGACGGCGGGGCCAUGGCCACCCUGCGCCGGGACGGCCGGGUCACCGCCCUGCAGCGCCUGGGCUGCGCCGGGCUGGCGGGCGCGCUGAGCCUCAGCCUGACGGCGCCGCUGGAGCUGCUGACGGUGCUGGCGCAGGUGGGCACCUGGCACUGCCGGCGGGGGCUGCGCGACGCCGGGAGCAGCCUGUGCCGCACCGAGGGCGUGCGGGCCCUCUGGAAGGGGAACCUCACGGCUUGCCUGCGCCUCUGCCCCUACAGCGCCCUGCAGCUCGCCGCCUCCCGCCGACUUGUUACCCUUUUCAUGGAUGAGCUGGGCCAUAUUUCCCACUGGAGAGCCAUCAUGGCAGGCAGCCUGGCUGGCAUGGUGGCCACCACGGUGACGUACCCCAGCGAUGUGGUUAAAACUCGGCUCAUUGUGCAGAACCGGCUGGAGCCAUCCUACCAAGGGAUUCUUCACGCCUUUGACAAGAUCUAUCACCAAGAGGGGCUCCGUGCACUCUACCGUGGUGUUUCACCAGCAAUAUUAGGUGCUGUUCCAUUUUCUGCAGGCUCAUUCUUUGUUUACACCAGUCUGGACACAAUCUGGCAAGAACCCAUAGUUCGUUUCACUCCUCUUCAGAACUUUGUGAAUGGCUGUGUAGCAGCUGCUGUGGCACAGACACUUUCUUUCCCCUUUGAAACUGUCAAGAGGAAGAUGCAGGCCCAGAGUCCUUGGCUUCCCCACUAUGGAGGAGUUGAUGUCCAUUUCACUGGCAUGGCUGACUGCUUCCGGCAAACUGUGAAGCACAAAGGUGUUCUUGGACUUUGGAGAGGACUCACACCCAGUCUGCUCAAGAUUGUGCCAUACUUCGGUGUUAUGUUUAGCACCUUUGAAUUCUGCAAGCGGGUUUGUCUCUACAGAAAUGGUUAUAUUCAAUCUCCUUUAAAUUACAAGCUAACACCUGGUGUUGACCAGAGCUUACACCCACAAGAACUCAGAGAAUUAAAGCUCCUCCGAAGGGAAAAUUUUAAGCCAAGGAAAUCAGCGCUUGAAAACUGACAUCAGAGUGUCCACUGCAGAUACAGAAAUACCUUUCUUAAGGAACUUUGCAAGAAAGACAUGCUGAGCUACAGGUACUGACAUUUCAGUGGACUGCUUGGUUCUUGUAGUGAGACACCUGUGACAGGAACAAAUAAAUCUGUAUUGUAUUUGCUGAAUGGA